GUAGAACGAGAAGAAGACGGAAGGAGCGACAUCACAGGCGCCUUUCUCAAAACGCAACCACGUAGAUGUCUGAAUUUUAAGCAUUGUCACAAUGCCGCUAUUGACGGAGUCGCAGGGAAACAAUGAACAAUACGUGCUGGUAGCCUGCUUGGACAACGCACACAAUCUGUCCAACAUCCUGAAAGCCAUUGCAUUCAAAGACCACGCCCUCGUCACCGCCACACCCAACGGCCUCAAAGUCACUGUAGAGAACUCCAAAUGUCUUCAAGCAAAUGCCUUCAUCCAGGCUGAAAUCUUCCAGGAGUUUACUAUCAAGGAAGAUAUGGUAGGAUUGAAGAUCAACCUCACAGUUCUGCUGGAUUGUCUCAGUAUUUUUGGAGGAAGCACAGUACCAGGCGUGUCACCCGCUCUCCGACUGUGCUACAGAGGCUAUGGUUACCCCCUGACCCUGUUCCUGGAGGAGGGCGGCGUGGUGACCAUUUGCAAGAUCAACACGCAAGAGCCAGAGGAGCCAAUUGACUUCGAGUUCUGCAGCAGCAACGUCACAAACAAGGUGAUCCUGCUGUCCGAGAGUCUGAAGGAGGCUUUUUCUGAACUGGACAUGACCAGUGAGGUGCUGCAGAUCACCAUGUCCCCCAGCCAGCCUUACUUUCGGCUGUCGACGUUCGGCAACGCCGGAAGCGCUCAUUACGACUACUCCAAAGAUUCUGAUAUGAUGGAGCUGUUCCAUUGCACCACCACGCAAAACAACAGGUACAAGAUGGCCCUGCUAAAGCCGUCCACCAAGGCGCUGGCGUUGUCCUGCAAAGUGUCUGUGAGGACCGACAGCAGGGGUGUCCUUUCACUGCAGUACCUGGUGCGCAACGACGACGGACAGAUCUGCUUUGUGGAAUACUACUGCUGUCCUGACGAGGAAGUGGAUGAUGACUGAUGUUUGUACAAGUGGAUUAUGGACAAAAUUGGUUUCAAGCUACUGUUCAUUCAACACUUUUAUUUUCUGCGUUUUUCUUCCUGGACAUACUUGUGUAUACCUAGAUAUAUUAUAACAGGCAGAUAUUUCCUAGGAUUUUUCAGUUUGAUGACACUGUUCAUACAAAUUAAGCAAUUGGUCAUUAAUAUAAAGCUUUAUCAGCAUUAACUUAGGGAAACGUGUAUUGUUUUAUAAAUUUGUAAUAAGACUGAACAUGCUGUACGUAUGUCUAGCCAAAAUCAUCUGGAAAUGUGGAUUCAGAAGCUGUAACGGCAAACCACAUUAAAUCCAGAUAUGAAGCAGAACAGGUGUAUAAUUUCAUCUCUACCAUAGAGCUUUGCAACGACAUUGGUACAUGCGACUCAGUCCUGACUUCUCAGCACAAUAGGUUUACAAAAUGUACACCUCAAAGUUUGCCGUUUAGUCUUAAGGUGAAGAGACUCACCUGCCAAGUAGAAAUUGUACCCCACGUUCGUCAUGCGUCAGAAUUCCCUUCUUUAACAUUUGUUGUGACAGUUUGAUUGAGAAAUGUUUUAUUUUUCUGUGAAAUGGGGUCAAAAAUAUUCUUCUCCCUGCUCCUUUUAUUCAAAAAUGUUUUUCUAAUCAAUAAAAAAAAAAAUUGAA